ACAAUGAAGAUAUGUUCUUCUGCUCAGAUUCCUUUUGUUGCAUUUCAUGAAAUGAAGAAUUUAUCGAAUCCGGAAUAUGACAUUUUGACGAUCCGUGGACCAAAGCAAUGUGCAAGACAGUGUUAUAAUGAUAAGCAAUGCAAAUCAGUGAACUAUAACAAAGAGACUCUAACGUGUCACCUGAAUGAUUUUGAUCUAGAUCCGAGUCAUUUAGAAAAGGAUGAUCAUUACAUAUUUAUUCAGAACAUCACUGGAACAAAGGAACUCAUGGGCCCAUGUUGGAACCACAGCUGUAAGGAGAACGAGAAAUGUUUAGUGAUUCGAACUUCAUAUCGGUGUUUGAAAAAGGGUUGUAGACACCCUCUUUAUGUACUGGAUGAGGACGGGAUGUUUUGUUACCGCUUGGUAACGAAUCCUAAACUGAACUGGACCGACGCUAAUGGAUUUUGCGCAGAAGACGGGGGCAGAUUGAUUUCACUUCCUACUAGGCUUAAGAUUGACAGACUCGGAUUAAGGUUUUUAGGCCAAGUUCUCAGAUUUUGGAUCGGUUUAAAUGACAUAGAAGAAGAGGGGCGGUACAAAUGGACGACGGGUCACGCGGCGGACAUUCAGAUAUACGAUUGGUAUAGAGGAAAGCCUAACAACCGAGGACAGAACUGCCCAGACAAUGCCGACUGCAUAUACAUGAAGAACAACUUAACAGUCUGGGAUAUUCGCGACGCCUGCUGUGCCGAGGAGCUAAAAUUUAUUUGUGAGAUAGGUUUAGGGUCCUAAAAAAAUUCAGAGGAUACCGAGUAUAUGUACUUGUAUAUGGUUAAACAUUUGUUAAAAAAGCAGACCGCACGG